AGUUGAAAACUGAGAUUGGGAUGGCAAGACCAGUAAUUUCCCCAAUGGAUGUUCACCCCACGGCUCCCGAAACCUUUGUUGUGCUGGACCAAAGAAUGAAAGUAGUUGAAGAGGAGACAAAUGAACUGUUGAAAGAUCUGCAGAAAAUGGGAGUGAACGGACACAGCAUGGAACGCUUAGCUGCAAAAUACCCGGUGAAUUCUGAGGACCACCAAUCCAUCAGCCCUGUCCAAGUUCGAACAGCAUUUGGUGAAGCAAAUAACUCACUGUGGAGAACCUGCGAAACUCUGGUGAAUCGAGUAUGCCGGCUCGAGAGUGUCAUCCAGACCAUAAAACUGAACAUGUUUCGAUUACAAACAGAAAAGGAAUUGAAUCCAAAGCAUGCAGCCAAUUUAGAACAGCGCCUGAAUACAAUACAGGAGGAGCACAUGGAAGAGCUAAAGGUGCUACAAAUGGAAGGGAGAAUGCUGUGCCAGCAGCUGAAGGAGUCUCAAGAAGAGGAAGAAAAAGCCAGAGCACACGUGCAGAAGCUAAGCGCUGCCCUAGAAAUUGCAACCACAACAAAGAGAGAUAUAACUAUUUCAGCUGAAGAAUUGAGAGCAGCAAAAGAAAAAAUGAACAAUAAACUCCAAGAGAUAACGGAGAAAUUAUCCAGAGAGUCCAGCUCAAGGGAGUCUUUGGAACAAGGCCAGGUUGUCCUUCUUUAUCAAAUACGUGACAUGGAAGCAAUGGUGGAAAAAGAACAGACGCAGGUUCAAAUUCUGCAGCAGGAUUGUAACAUUCUACGGCACGAUAUUCAGCUAUCUCAGGAGAGACUACAGGAAGAACAAGAGAAGUUCGUUCAAUUAGAGGAGGAAUGCCUACAUCUUAAAGCUGAUCUAGAAUCCCGAGACAAGAUGAUUUCCAAGCUACAGGAAGACAUCCAAACUACACAGCUAUGUUUGAACACGGCAGAAGAAAAGAAUACAAAGUUUCGGUCAAAAAUAUUUACUUUACAAGAGGUAGCAAGUAAGGCACAGGUAGGAAAUAUUCCUGCUACUACAAACUAA